CUGCUAUUUACUUUAUUAGACGCAUUAAACCAUCGAAAAUUACAAUUGGGAUUUUAGGGAUUUAUAGAACGUGACACAAACUAGGAUACGAACGUGAAAAGUGAGAAACAAAACGCAGCUAAAGUUGCUUUGUUUUACGAUAAUAAUGAAAAGGACAACUUAAAAAUAUUUACAACACGUAUGUCCCGUUCAUAUCAUAAAUACUAUUUAAAUCUGAGCAUUUAUCCAUAUUUAUAGGUACUAAAUAGAGUAUAACUGUGACAAAAUGAUGUUGUGUUACUUAAUUUCAUGGAUAGUAGGUACAUACUCCGCUUAACUUACCUAUCCAAUCAAACUGCGUAACGGAACAAGCGUUGGUUGAGUGAGUUGACAUGUUGCAUUGGUUAUUGACAAUAUUUUCAUGAAUAUCUUGCAUUGGCUAGUAAACAUAAAAAUAAUUUGCAAUGGCUCAACCACAGUGCGAAAUCGAAUAUACUAGCAAUGUGCAAUUAUUCAACAAAAUACAAACACCAAAAGUGUGUGUAUCUUGCUUGAGUCAAAAUGCUCCAUUCGUUUAUUUGUCAACCUGUAAACAUACACGAUUUUUCGAAUAUUUCCUGCACCUUAAGAUAGAAUUUUCCGAGCUGAUGGUGUGCACACUCUGUCACUUCAUGCUGAAGAAGAUGGAGAUAUUUAGAGAGGAGUCAGAAAAUAAUUUUGCAUUCCUUAACACACAGUGUACAACCCUACUCCGGUCGUCCAAGCCAGCCCUCCAAGCGACCGCGGUGCACACCACAGACAGUACAGAGCCAAUACAGGAGGACGUCUGCCAAGAUUUCCCGUGUGACGACUUCGUCACGGAGGUUAAGAUUGAACACGAAUCUGACGUUGAUGUACCGUUGUCAGAGAUAAAAAAGGAAAUUAAAGGCAAGUCUAAAAACAAAAAGAAAGUCAAGAAAACUAAAGUCGAACUAAAAUACGAUGGCAAAGUCCGCGUCGUGCAUCUCACCGAGGAGGAGAUGUGGAGUGAGAGAGAGAGGGAUAGAAAUAGAGCGGCGUUCCUGAAACUUCCUUAUCGAUGUGACGACUGCAUCACCGGGUUUGACCAUGAGAUGAAUUUGAAGGAUCACGCUGAAAAAAGACAUGGCAAGAAAAAUAAUAAUUUUGUCUGCAAAGUCUGCAAGUCCGUGUUGGGAUCAGAACAUUCAUUUAAAGAACAUGUUAAAAGACAUUACAAGAGAUAUGAAUGCAGUGUGUGCGGCAAACGCAACAACACUGUGUACUCCGUGGUGACGCACUACAAGGAGCAGCACGGCGUUAUUGACGCGGCGCACACGUGUCGCGAUUGCGGGUUCACCACCGACUCCCACCGCAGCUACCGCUACCACCGCGACAAGCACAAGCCCAAGCAGCAAUGCGCGCUGUGCUCCAGCACCUUCGUCAACGCUGCAGGCCUGCGCGUGCAUAUGUACACGGUGCACAAGCAAUCCGAGCGCGUGUUCUCGUGCGAGGCGUGCAACAAGGUGUACGCGUCGAGCUCGGGGCUGGCGGCGCACGCGCAGGCCGCGCAUCGUCCGCGUCGCGCCUUCUGCGCGCGCUGCCAGCUGCACUUCACCACGCGCGCCAGCCUCGCGCACCAUCUGCAAACGCACUCCAAACACGGCGGGGAUUCUAACAAGGUGACUUGUGACGAGUGCGGGGGACGGUUUCGUACAAAAACAGCUCUGUUGGAACACAUAGACUUUGUGCAUCUCAAGAAGAAUAAAUAUCUGUGCGGAAGAUGCUCCAAGUCGUUUAUGAACAAAGCUGCCCUGAAGAAGCACACAGACUUCGUGCACGAGAAAAUCCGGCCGCCGCGCAACAAGAUAUGUGACCACUGCGGGAGGGGAUUCACGACGAUGUCGAUCCUGCGGUCGCACGUGCGCACGCACACCGGCGAGCGCCCGCUGCAGUGCGCGCGCUGCCCCGCCACCUUCGCGCACAGUGCUGCCCUCUACACACACAACAAACUCAUACACCAGCCGCAUACUAAUGUGUGAUGUAAUGUGAUAUGUUUAAUAAAUUGUUUUUAUACA